AUGGACGCGGCCAUUGGGCUUCAGAGCGCCUGGCCUCGGUCAUGUGACCAGGGUGAGCUUGGCAGCGGCGGAGGGGGGAGGGGCGGAAGAGCGAAGCCCGGGAAAGCAGACAAACGGGAGGGGGCGGGGCCCGGGCGCGACGUGCCCGUGACGUCAGACGCCCGGGAUUGUUCCCCGGCGGAGGACAAUGGCGAGGGGGCGGGGCGCGCCGGCGGCGAGGGGGCGGGUCGCGCUCUGAGUGACGUCUUUCUCCGUCGCCCCGGAGUCGGAGCCAAUAUGUCGGCGGCUGAGCUCUCGAGAAGCCCGUGGGUGAAACCGUCGCGCCGCAGGAAGAGGCGGGACCGCGCGAGGGACAGACCGGGGGCUGUGGGGCCCAGCGUGUCGUCCAGCGAGUACACUGAGGUACCCCUGGGGUCCCUGGACAUCACGCCUGCCGACAGCUUGUCUCCACGGCAACAUGUGGGCAGCGAGUCUCUGGACACUGACCGGCUGGAGGAGCUGCCCCUGUGCAGCUGCAGGAUGGAGGCGCCCAAGAUUGACCGCUUGACCGAGAGGGCGAAGAGUCAGUGCAUGGCCAGAGAGAGUGUGAACGGAGAGGUACUGAGUCUCUCUCUCUCUCAGUGCAGUGUUACUGUCUGUAUUAACCUGUCUCUCUCUCCCAGAGGCUGUACUGACAUAAUUUGCUGUGUGUUGUUCUUGGCCGCCAUUGUUGGCUACAUGAUCGUGGGAAUUCUGGCCUGGCUGUACGGAGACCCCCGACAAGUCCUGUACCCCCGAAACUCCACUGGCAGCUUCUGUGGAGUGGGAGAGAACAAAGACAAGCCCAGUGUGCUGUAUUUCAAUAUCCUGAAGUGUGCCACCUCUACUAACAUCAUGGCUGCAGCUUUGAAUGGACUUCAGUGUCCCACAACACAGAUCUGUGUGGCGACGUGUCCCAAUGACUUCUGGAUUGUUCCACCACAAGGUUACAUGCAGCCCCCCAAAAGUGUCUUCCAGCAGCAGUACUGCGUCCCCUCCUUUAAUCUCGCCACGACAAACAUGUCCACCAGUGACGUUAUCAAUAAGGAGCUGUGUGCCUAUUUCUACACUCCGUCUUCCUCAGUUCUGGGGCGCUGCCUGCCCAGUAUGGGCUCGCUGAGCGUCAUCCCUUCCAACUUCUCCAUCCCUGGCCUGAGCUCGGCCAACCAGACUGCCAGCAGGAUCCGAAACGCCACCCAAGAUGUCGUCUUGGGGUUCAACGCCAAGGAGAUUGGGGUGCGCAUCUUCGAGGACUUUGCGGUGUCCUGGUACUGGAUCCUCAUAGCCUCUCUGCCACACAGACGUGCAGUACUAACCCCCACCGAGGGAGGUGCUGUCUCCCUCAGUGGAGCGGGCGUCCGGAACGAUGAAGUGAGUCGCUUUCACCCUGACUGGGGGGUGUGUGUGUGUGUGUCUGCCCCACCUGACGCUGACCUGUCCCUCUGUCCCUCCGUCCCUCGGUCCCUCCGUCCCUGCAGAUACCACGUGGGGUCUCUGGCGUUCGGAGCUUUGAUUCUGACGAUUGUCCAGUUCAUUCGGAUACUCCUGGAGUACCUGGACCACAAGUUCAGAGCUGCUCAGAACCCCUGCGCCAGGUUCGUCAUGUGCUGCCUCAAGUGCUGUUUCUGGUGCCUGGAGAAGUUCAUCAAGUUCAUCAACAGGAACGCCUACAUCAGGUCUCACUGUGCUGUUGUGUUUCAGACGGUGGUCGUGGGCUCCUACCUGGUCGCUCAGGGCUUCUUCAGCGUCUACAGCAUGUGUGUGGACACACUCUUCCUCUGCUUCUUGGAGGAUCUGGAGAGGAACGAUGGCUCGGUCCAGAAGCCCUACUACAUGUCCAAGAGCCUGAUGAAGAUUCUCAACAAGAAGAACAAGCUGCCCAAGGCAGAGAAGAAAUAAGAGACUUCCUCUUCCUCCUCCUCUUCCUCACCCCCCACACUGCCUCCCCAGCAGUUUGUCACGUCUGCAAUAAAACCCCUCCCUUGCACAGACA